AUGGCGAUUAAAGUAGUGGAGAACGAUCCACCCAGGGCCCCCGUAAAAGUUAAAGCAUAUGUACCUCCACUUUCGUUUUCCCAAAGACUUCGAAAGAAGUCGAUGGAGCAAAAUAUUCAUGUUAUAAGUACAAAGAGUGAGGUACAAUCGUCAGAGAUCACUAUAGAGAGAUCUAAAAGAAAAGAUGACCAGGAAGUGAUUGAUGAAGCUAUAAAGGUAGAAAAAUCUACACCAAACGCAACUGAAAAUAGAGAAAGUACAGAAACAUCAGCUACUAAAACAUCAAGUCUAGACAAAGCUGACAUGCCUCCCAUUCUCUCUCUUCAAAAGCUCAAGGAGAACAAACAAGAUACAAAUUAUGAAAAAUUCCUCGAUGUUCUCAAGAAGCUCCAGAUCAAUGUUCCGUUUAUUGAUGCAAUACUACAAAUUCCAAGCUAUGCGAAAUUUUUGAAAGAGAUGUUGACAAAGAAAAUAAAGCUUCCAAAGUUUGAAACUAUGGCAUUAACUGAAGAAACUAAUGUGUUGUGUGAUACUGGUGCUAGUAUUAAUCUAAUGUUGUAUUCUGGUUUUAGGAAAUUGGGACUAGGUAAAGUCAACUCAACAUCAAUAACGCUACAACUAGCUGAUAGAACAAUCUCAAGGCCACAUGAAAAAGUUGAGGAUGUACUCGUAAAAGUAGGAAAUUUCAUAUUUUCUAUGGAUUUCAUUGCAUUGGAUAUACCAGAAGAUCAAGACAUUCCAAUUAUAUUGGGUCGACCAUUCUUAGCAACGGGACGAACCUUUAUCGACAUGGAGAAGGGAGAACUAAUCUUGAGGGUGGAGGACAAGCACGAGAUAUUCAAUAUUUACAUCCAAUAUGAGAAACCUCCCAAUAAAAAUGAUUGCUAUAGAAUUGAUGAAGAAGAGCCACGUGAUCAACGAAGCUGUCAGAACAAAAAACCAAAUUUUGGAGAACUUCUUGGAAGAGAUAAGGAUGGGCUCAUGGGCAAAUCAAAAUAUGGAGAACAAAAAAGGACUGCAUCAAUGAAAAUUGCACAAAGUGCAAUGAUGGAAUAA